CCGUAGUAUUGGCCACUAGUACUAACCCAUCUCUGGCCCAAAUUUGUUAACCAGGCCCACAGCCUAUUUCCACCUAAUCCACCGAUCACCUGGCCCGAAAGUACUAGCCUACCUUCUUCUCGUCAGACGUAGAAUCUCAUUCCCAUUUCCCAUCCAUCGUCUGUUCGGGAAAGCCCGCAAACAGUUGCCGCCGACCGCCGUGCUGCCUGCCAUGGCGUCAGAGCAAGAUGCCCUCGCAUCUCCUCUCCUAUAAUUUUUUUUUUAAAUCUCCUCUAAAAAUAUUUGGCAGGCGUAAUAUCAAAUCAAUUAAAUCAAGCAGGUUGUUUGGAUGCUUAUCAGUAUCUAUGGAGUCCGUCGUCAUUCGACCUUCUCUGUUCUCUUGUUUUUCUUUCUUGGCCACUCUGUCUUGGGUCUUCUCUGUGGACCCAGAAAUGAGUAGUCAUAUACAUUGUUUGAACCAGAGAGCGACCCAGCCAUUGAAGCUCUUUGAUCCUUCUUGCUCUCUCGGUUGCUCCGCUCUUGAUUAGCUUCUCAAUCGAUUGAUUCGAUCCCCACCAUACAAAUAGGACGUCUGCAGUCUGAUCUCGUAAAGCCAUGGAUUUCUGGAGCAGCAAGAGUAGAAAAUGGUGGGCAAUGUUGUUGGGUCAGGGAGUUUCGUUAUGCCUUGCUCUCAGCGGCUUCAGCACUUCCCUUCUAGCUUCUCUGGGUGUUGAUGCGCCCAUAGCUCAGGGCUGCUUCAAUUACUUCACUUUGGCCUUGGUUUAUGGCGGCCUAUUGCUGCACCGACGCCAUAAACUGCAGGUUUCUUGGUAUUGGUAUCUCCUCGUAGCAUUUCUUGAUGUACAGGCCAGUUUUCUUCUGAACAAAUCGUACCAGUUUUCCUCAAUCACCAGCAUCACAUUGCUGGUUUGCUUUACCAUACCAUGGGCCAUCGUUCUAACUCGGGUGUUCCUGGGCACCCGCUACUCAAUCCUGCAGUUGGUUGGCUCAGCGCUUUGUGUACUUGGUCUUGCUCUAGUGCUCUUAUCAGAUGCUGAUGGCGGUGGAGGUGGCUCGAUGCCUCUUUUGGGCGAUACGAUCGUGAUUGGGGCAACAAUUUUGUUUGCCUUCGCCAAUGUUAGCGAGGAGUUCAUUGUGAAGGAUGGAGGCCAGAUUGAGAUGGAGAUGGAGAUGUUGUCGAUGAUGGGUGUUUUUGGGUUGCUAUUCAGUUUGGUUCAGCUAUCUGCAUUUGAGUUGCAGACUCUAGGGUCAGUGAACUGGUCUUUAGAUAUGAUAUGGGCCAUCUCUGGCUACACACUCUCAGUCUUUUGUUUAUACUCCAUGACUCCUUGGGUUCUCAAGUUGAGUGGAGCCACAAUGUUGAGUCUUUCCAGCCUGACUAGUAAUAUGUGGGCUGUUGUUAUUCGAACCUUUUUGUUCCACCAGAAGGUGGACCGGCUAUACUUUCUUGCCUUUGCAGUGGUGAUUCUUGGGUUAGCCAUUUACUCCACAAAUGAGAAGGCUCCAGUUUCUGAUCAUGAUUUAGAUGGUGCGAGUUCAUCGGGUACAGUAUGUCAAGGACUACUUGCAGAUGAAAAUGGAGCAGCAGUGGCUGGAAAUGAAGGUUCAUUUUUCCAUGAUCGUAAUAGUGAUGUGCAUAAAAGUUUCUUUUCGUAGUUAGUAGCGUAGAAAAUGGCUCUCUUCAUGGCAAAAAAUGUUAUUUUUCACAGAAUUGGUCGGGUUGAGAAGUUACAUGUACCACAACUUAGUGGCCGUGCUAAGUUAUAGUAUGUAGGAAGAUCCUUCUCCAAAUGGGUUCUGCAGUUGUCACACACUUUAUACACAAUUCAAUACCAUUAAUAGAGCAUUAUUCUAAUGCUACAUUUUUUAUUUCGUUGAUCCAUAGUUUGAUAACUUGCAUUGUUGAUCAUUUGACAAAGCUCGAUGAGGAUUACUAUUUGCAAAUCAGAGAGACAAUGCUAAGGAGAGAGAAAGGAAAGGAAACCAUUUCUUUGUUCCCUGCCUCCGCAUAAACAGAGUGCUCUGUUUUUCUUGUACUACUCUCAUCAUUUUUGCCAAAAUUGUCCUGUUACGCGGCUUGGCACUAGCCUAGACCAUUGUCCACCAUUUCUUGUGUUCCACCCAGAAAUAUGAAUGCUGAAAACUUCUCCGAGUAGACACAUUGGCGAUUCAGGGACCGAUCCUUUCUACGCUUACGAGGCUUAUCGUCGAUGAAUAAACAAUAGAUCAUUGUUUACUAUAGGGGUUCUCAAGUUCUCUUCCAGGAUCUCAAGUCCUGAAUUACUUCUCAAGUCCUGAAUUACUGCACAAUGAAUGAAGCUUGCUGGAAUAAACUGAGACCAUAUAAACAAUCCCCAGGUUGCCUUCUAGGAGCCGUCGUGCCAUCUAAGAACUCUCAAGUCUGCAUCUUGCUUCCGAAAAAAAAAAAGAAGGAUAAAGCACGUCUUGGGUUUAUAUACCUUACUGCAGAAUACGAUUCCUGAUCAUUCUCAAGUACCCUUCUAGUCCUAGGACAACAUCUAGCACUUCCAGUCCAUAAAAUACUGUGGAAAUGGGUGAACCGGUCAUGGAGCAUUGUUGUCACAUCAACAUCUUGCUUUCAGAACCAACAAGGAGUAGGGCAACACAAUUUCGGGCUCAGUGGUGGUAUACCAGUGUAGCACUACUUAUUUCUUAGUUCUUCUCUUAGACUCCAUUUAGGACUUCCACUCUAUGAAACUGCAGAAAACUAGCAAAUUUGAGGUGGGCGGAAGGGCAACUAGAACAUAAACAUUCUCAUCUCAAUUCACAUAGAACUGGACAUCACUUUCAGUUAGAACUGCACAUCCCCAAUCACGAUUUCGAUUUGAGGGAAGGAAACUAGAAUGAAUGAACAAAAUGAUCAUCUCAAUUCAAUUAUAAACCAAACCUAGACACACGUUUUAGCACCAUUGUUUGAAAGAGGGGCAGGCUAGAAUCAUUCAAUGAUCAUAUCUAAAAGUUCCCUUUUCCAAGCAAAAAGGCAAGGAAUCUGUUAUUGAUCAACUCAUAGUUCUAAUUUAGGGCACCAUUUAGGAAAUGGAAGAACAGUUUGAGUUGAUCAAUAACAAGUAAAAGGCUGG